GAUCAUUCACUUUUGACUACUGCGACAACGCCCUCGUACACGUUCGAGACGUGGUAUAUAAGGGAUCAUUCGAUAUAUUCAUGACAGUGGAGUCGUCGCGAUGGCGCCUAUAAACGGUGAACAUACUAAGAGAAAGGCGUCCGAGGAUGCGGCAUCCUCUCGAUCUAAAAAGGCCAGAACCGAGUCGCCAGUACUGGAGGAUGGUAUCAAGCAUGAAGAGGUAAAUUCAUCAACGAUCUCAGAUCGCCUUCGUCAUGCCUUUCAACCCUCCCCAAGCGGGAAUCUUUCCGCCUGACGAUAACCUGUAUCGUUUUGACUCAAAUAUUUCUACGGAUUCGGAUUCAACAAUAUCCCUGUCGUACCUUGAAGACUACGGACUUCCUUAUCGUUGCGUUUCCCAGGCUGAGCGUCCUGCAUUGAAGACAACCGAGACUAAUCUCGCUUUUAAACAGUCCGACACAGACCCCCCAAUCACCCCUACCCCUGUCGAUUUUCCCGAGAAGCCAGCUGUCGUUGAAGAGAAGCAAGGACAUAUUGAGUUCAGGGUCGUCAACAAUGACAAUUCGAGGGAGAGCAACAUCAUCUUGACCGGGUUGAAAUGCAUCUUCCAGAAGCAACUGCCGAAGAUGCCUAAGGACUACAUCGCCCGCCUAGUUUAUGAUAAAACGCAUCUGUCCAUCGCUAUUAUCAAGCAACCUCUUGAGGUGGUUGGAGGCAUAACAUACCGACCGUUCAACGCGAGAAGGUUCGCUGAGAUCGUCUUCUGCGCGAUCUCGUCAGAUCAGCAGGUCAAGGGGUAUGGCGCUCACCUGAUGGCGCACUUGAAAGACUAUGUCAAGGCUACUUCCCCCAUCAUGUAUUUUCUGACCUACGCCGACAACUAUGCGAUUGGUUACUUUAAAAAGCAGGGCUUUACCAAAGAGAUCACCCUGGAGAAGUCGAUUUGGAUGGGAUACAUCAAAGAUUACGAAGGAGGCACCAUCAUGCAAUGCAGCAUGUUGCCCAAGAUCCGCUACCUGCAGGCUCCUCGAAUGCUGCAGAAGCAGAAAGAGGCGGUCAUGGCCAAGAUCCGCGCAGUGAGCAAGUCCCACAUCGUUCACCCUCCGCCUGCACAGUGGAAGAACGGCAUCGUCGAGAUAGACCCCAUGUCAAUUCCCGCAAUCAAAGAGUCUGGAUGGUCUCCUUCAAUGGAUGAACUCUCCCGACAACCUCGACAUGGCCCGAACUACAACCAGCUUCUCCACCUGCUCAACGACAUGCAGAACCACACAGCUGCCUGGCCCUUCGCACAGCCAGUCAACAAGGAUGAAGUACCCGAUUACUACGAAGUCAUCAAGGAACCGAUGGACCUGUCGACAAUGGAGGAACGUCUGCAGAAUGAUCUGUACCCUAGGCCAGAAGACUUUAUCAAGGAUGCGAAACUAAUCUUCGACAAUUGCCGGCGCUACAACAACGAAACCACACCAUACGCCAAGAGUGCGAACAAGCUGGAAAAAUUCAUGUGGCAACAGAUCAAGAAUAUCCCAGAGUGGUCGCACCUUGCGGAAUAAGCUCUAUUCAUCCUGCAGACCUGCAUGACCGUUGGCGUAUGUACUAUAGCAAUGUGGCUUGAGGCAGGAGUUUGCAUUGGCGGAGUUGGCGGUGAGAAGCGGACGAUGACACGGCAUGAUGACGUUGGUUGGCUUUGCGUGCAUGAAAGAUGAUACCCAGACUGCAUCCCAGGCGUUUUUCUCAACUUGAUCUAUGAAGACAUGAUAAUGGGGGACAGUGGCACACACAUAAACAGCAUUUCUCUGGUGGCGCCACGAGUGUUGCAUAAGGCACGCCUACAGGUGCAAACAAGGAGAUUGGCAAAGUCCGACUCACCAGCAACAUCCCGAGUAGUUGUUGUUAUUAUUAUUACUAAAUGACGAAUUGCCAUGUGCAAGUCUG